AUGCUUGCGCGAAUCCGAUUUUACGAGAGCUCGCUUCCCGAGCGCGGUGCUCACAAGCUCCAUCUCGGCCUCGGUUUCCCUACCCUGCCUAAAAACCCGAAGCCCGUCCUGACUAUCGUACCGCCUCUCCCGAACAUCCCAGCCAAUACCGCUCGUAGCCACGGCCGCGGUUCCAGGCUACCCAUUGUUAACGUUGACGACGACAUUGCGCAACGUCCGGGACACAUGGCAUUCACCUUGACUGUGAUCAGCCACUGUGGCCACACAACGACCAAGGAUGCCCCCCUUACCCCCUUCUAG